AUGAAUAACAGUUCUGACUAUGUUUGGUCUGAGCUUCAUUGCUCUAAAGAUGCAUUAACUGAUACAUAUGGAUGGUUUAUGCAGUUUUUGCUUGCAGUAUUGGCCUUUACAUGUUUGAUAGGUAAAAGAUUUUGUGAACCACGCUAUGCCAGAAGACCUUGGUUAAUUUGGUUUUAUGAUACAUCUAAACAAGGACUGGGCGCCCUUAUUAUUCAUGCAGCUAAUUUAUGGCUCUCACCACACCUUACAGGAAAUCCCUGUACUUGGUAUAUAGUUAACUUUAUGUUGGACUCAACUUUAGGCUUACUUAUCAUAUGGGCUGGUAUAAGACUUGCCCAGCACUAUGCAAGAAAUUAUGAUAUACCACUUAUUAAUUUCGGAGAAUAUGGAAAGCCUCCUAUGUGCGCUGCUUGGAUAUGCCAGUGUAUUCUUUAUGCUGCUUUAGCGACAUUCGCGAAGUCUGUUCUUGCCUUGGUGCUUCGACUGCCUCCUGUUGUGGCUGUACUAUCAACUCUUCGUCUUUCCCCAGUAUCUGACCCUCGUUUAGAGUUAGCUGUUGUUAUGCUCAUCAUUCCCUUUUUUGUUAAUAUUUUGAUUUUUUGGGUCACUGAUAACUUCCUCAUGUAUCACCCGAGGGGUGUGAGUUCCAAAUUAAAGACCAAAGUGCGUUACCAAUCCAUAAAGAAAGAAAAAUCAGGAUCUGAGGAUGAGGACCAAUCGGCUGAUGAAAGGCUUCUUGGAGCUAGUGUA